GAGAUCAGCCUCACUGCAACCAUGAGGGUCCUCGUGCUGUUUGGAUUGGUGGCUGUUGCCCUGGCUGAUGUCGCUCGCUUUGAGGGAGAGAAAGUGUUCCGUCUGAAGCCUGUGCAAGAUGAGCAUGUGACCUUCAUUAAGGACCUGGCUAAGAGCAUCGAGGUUGAUUUCUGGAGCCCCGAGAAUGCUGAGGUUGUGACCGUCGGCACUGAUGUGGACAUCCGUGUGCCUGCCAUCUACCUCGACAUGCUGUACACCCUGCUGCAGCAGAGUGACAUGGAGCACAGCGUCCUCAUUGAGGAUCUGCAGGCUGCUAUCGAUGGCCAGGCUGACCUGAAGCCCACUCCCAGAGCCCACAGCUACACCAAGUACAACACCUGGGCUGAUAUUGAGGCCUGGAUGUCCUCCAUGACCUCCUCCAGCUCUGGUCUGAUGACCAAGCAGGUGAUUGGAAACACCUACGAGGGACGCGCCAUGACCGUUCUCAAGAUCGGUAAGGCAUCCAGCUCCACCAAGCCCGCUAUCUUCAUGGACUGUGGUAUCCACGCCAGAGAGUGGAUCUCUCCUGCUUUCUGCCAGUGGUUCGUCAAGGAGGCUCUGUCCACCUACGGCACUGACUCUCAGAUGACCAGCCUGCUCGACCAGAUGGAUGUCUACGUUCUGCCCGUCUUCAACAUUGAUGGCUACGACUUCACCCACAAGAGCAACAGGAUGUGGAGGAAGACCCGCUCCAGGAGAUCUGGAUCCAGCUGCAUUGGAGCUGAUCCCAACAGGAACUUCGACGCCGGCUGGUGCUCCUUGGGUGCCUCCAGCAACCCCUGCAGCGACACCUUCUGUGGAUACACUCCCGAGUCUGAGAUCGAGGUCAAGAAUGUUGCCGACUUCAUCCGCAGGAACAAGUCCACCAUCAAGGCCUACCUCACCAUCCACUCCUACUCCCAGCUGCUGCUCUUCCCCUACUCCUACACCUACGAUCUGGCUGCUGACCACAACGAGCUGAUGAAGGUUGCUGAGGGAGCCUCCUCUGCUCUGCGUAGUCUGUACGGUACCAGAUACACCAGUGGACCCGGUGCCACAACCAUCUACCCUGCUGCUGGUGGCUCUGACGACUGGGCCUACGACCUGGGUGUGAAGUAUUCCUACACCUUCGAGUUGCGUGACACUGGUCGUUACGGCUUCCUGCUGCCCGAGUCUCAGAUCAAGCCCACAUGCGAGGAGACCAUGCUGGCCGUCAAGUACAUUGCCGCCUACGUGCAGAAGAACCUCUAUUAAAGAGCGGAACUGCCAGGACCCCUGCCAACUCAGCUCCUCUGUACCAGCCCCCAGCCCUUCCAAUCUCUCAGCCAUCUCCAGCCCGUAUCCAUGGAUACGGGGCACCACCCGCCAUGUUUCCUCGCUGUGCUUGACAGAAUGUCAAGAUGAGUGCAAACAAUAAAAUCAAUGAUCCAUCCCCA